AUGUAUUAUCGGAAGGGUAUAACACGGACAGGCAGACGUCAUUUAACGGAUUCAACGAAGCAUAUCGGUUCAUGGGGUGUCUCUGCUGCCCUGCCUACUUUCGUCCUUUCACCACACUAUGAAAUCGUUGCACUCUGCAAUUCGUCUGUCGAGGCUGCAGAGAAGUCUAUCAAGCACCACAAGUUAGCACCCUCCACUAAAGCAUACGUAUGGCCGCUUGCGGUUAAUUCUGUGCAGGCCGAGGAGAUGGUCAAGCUGGCUGAGAAGGAGAACGUGAAGACUGCUGUUGGUCUGCAACUUCGAGCUGACCCGAUCAUUAAGAAGGUCAAACAGUUCAUCGAAGCCGGAGUUAUUGGCCGAGUGACGAGUACCAUAGCCUUGGGUUGUUUCAACUUUGCCCCGAUCGAUAGCUGGAUGGCAAAGGCAGACUUUUACCUGGACUUUGAUGGCGGCGCUAAUGAGUAUCAUAUUGCGUUUGCUCACUGUGAGUCGGCGAUUCAACUGAUAAUUCGCGGCUUUAGAGCUGAUAGGCGGCAAGUCAUGGAUGCUUUCACCUAUGUUCUAGGCGAUUUUGCCAAUCUCCAGUCUCUCUUGGAUAUUCAGCACCCCACUGUCAAAACUAUCGACUCGAGUUCUGGCACUAUUGUUAAUCCCGCACGUAAAAAGACCACCUCGGAUCACUUCUUCGUCCAAGGCAAGCUCGAAACUGGCGCCAUUGCCAACGUCGCCUUUCGAAAGGUGGAUAAGACCGUAGACGGGAAGGGUCUCAAGUGGCUUAUCUCUGGUACCAAAUGGGAGGUUGAAUUAUCCUUGGACGGACCUAUGCUGCAAAUAGAUCUGGAGAAAAAGCAUCUUCGGAUAGUCAUUGGACGCGAGGGAGAGGCACAAGAUAUAGAUUACGAUGACCUAGAUGAACCUAAAUAUACUGGAGAUGUAGCACCACCGGGCACCAAUACCGCUAGGCUUUUCGAGGGCUUUGCAAACAAGACAACAGCGGUUGCUAAUUUUGAAGAAGCAUUGAAGGUUCAUAGACUUCUAUAUAGGAUUGCGGAGGCGUCUGGCUUUUCUGUCAAGAGCUAG